AUGUCUUCUCGUCUUCCGGCCUUUCCUCGCUUCAUCUUCACCAUCUUCGAGCCUCUCAGCCUCAUCGCCGGUUGGGCCGGAGCAACCUUAGAUCCGUCGUGGUUCGUUAAAGAGCAGACAUCCACGCCCAGCCCCACCGUGGACGACAACUCCCGGCUUGUAGCACUCCAGCUCGGAAACUGCUAUGGCUUACUGUUCCUCGCUGCUGUCGCCGUGCUGUACACGACGACUGAGCUCAAGGUCGUGCGGAACUAUCUGAUCGCGCUAUGGAUCGCAGACAUUGGGCAUAUUGCAGUGUGCUACCUCGGCCUGGGGUAUGAGAGUUCGACCACUUUGUUUUACGUCCACAAGAAGAUUGCGGCAUAUGGAAAGCGUACGACAUCUCAAAAGAUUGCGUACAAAAUUCAUGGGCUGGCUGACGAGUUACAGGAGAGCGAGCUGGAGGUGGAGCAAUAA